AUGAACCCCAUUCCUGCUGACUGGGCAUUGUCCACAAUUCACAUUGCCAGUGAAUAUGUCUCCCGCCAGUUUUCUGUUCUCAUUGGUGUGGGGCCGAAGGUCCUUCCUCCGAUUGAGCUUGAUGUUGUCUUACUCAUGGCUUGCUCCAAACUUGCCAGGACGCUCGCCAAGGCAUAUCGCAAUCCAGUCACUAUCAACUUUGAUAUAACCAGGUAUUCAGAAGCGCUGCAAACGAUGGAGACUGGCCUCAAGUCUGGGCGUGAAGAACUACUCCUUGCACAAUUCCCACUGGAUCGUCAAAUUAUUCUGGAAUGGCCUGCAGUUGUCCUCAACAAAUUUGGUAUUAUUUUCCUAUGGUAUCUUCCCGGAGCAAUUGAUGCAGCCAUCCAGAAUGAUAUGAUGGCAGCGACUGUUAUGAUGUCAGGGCCACUGGGCACGAGUAUCACUUGCGGUGCCGUGAAGGACAACAAAUGGCAUACACAUGAGUCCAAUUUUCAAAGCAGUGAUCAUGGCCUUACCCCUGGUUGCAUCAAUCUCUCUCCAGCAUGGUUUUUACAAGGUCAUCCGGCGAUGCAGAGACUGGCGGCCCUUAUUGCUGCUGCAUUGAGAGUUAUGCACCCCAGCCUCUACUGGUCUUCAUUGACAACCCAGCUGGGCCUCGGUCUAUGGGCAGCCAAUAAUCAAUUGCAGGACAUGGGAGAUCUCUUAAGAGUAUGGGGAUCUGUGUUCACAGUCCUCGCCGUCAUGUGCAACCGACGCUCACCCUUGCACCGUGAUGCUUUAUCCCGUGCACAAUGGUUUGAUGUGAUGCUCAGUGUCGGCAGCUAUGGACCAGCGCGAAUGUGGAUGCCCAAUAUUGGCAUUGAGAUUGCUUAUAAUUCAGGUGUUAUGGCGGCAGCUUCAGGUAGAAUUGUCUGGCAUGGGGUGGACAACGUGAACGGCGACAGAAUCAGUUAG